GUCGUGGAGGUGGGGAGGGGGGCAGUAUGUUACCUUUCGAGGAGCAAAUCGUGUCGGAUCUCAUGGAGGACCCGAACGGGGGCUUGGUGGUGCUCUCCUCGGGCCUCCCCCUCUCCUCCCUCGUCGCCUCCCUCCUCCUCCUCCACCACCCCUCCCGUGGCUCCCUCCUCAUCCUCUCCGCCUCCGACUCCCAAAAAUCCUCCAUCUCCCGCUGCCUCCUCCUCCUCCAAAACCCUAACCCUAAUCUCCCCUCCGACGUCCCCGGCGACCUCCCCUCCCACCACCGCGCCGCCCUAUACUCCAGCGGCGCCGCCCUCUUCGUCACCCCCCGCAUCCUCGUCGCCGACCUCCUCACCUCCCGCUGCGUCCCCUCCGCCGUGGCCUCCCUCCUCAUCCUCAACGCCCACCGCCUCUCCGACACAUCCACCGAGGCCUUCAUCGCCCGCCUCCUCCGCGCCCAGCCCAACUCCCCCUUGAUCCCCGUCCUCGCCUUCUCCGAUCGCCCCCACGCCAUGGUCUCCGGGUUCGCCAAGGCCGAGCGCGUCAUGAAGUGCCUCUUCGUCCGCCGCCUCCACCUCUGGCCCCGAUUCCACGUCCUCGUCUCCGCUGACCUCGAGAAGGAACCCCCGGAGGUUGUAGAUAUUAGGGUUCCGAUGAGCCCCGCCAUGAAGGGGAUCCAAUCGGCGGUGCUUGAGGCCAUGGACGCUUGUCUCAAGGAGCUGAGGAGGACGAACAAGGUCGAUGUGGAGGAUCUCACCGUUGAGAAGGGGCUCUUCAAGUCCUUUGAUGAGAUCGUCAGGAGGCAGCUCGAUCCCAUCUGGCACACUAUUGGGAAGAAGACGAAGCAGCUCGUGAGCGAUCUCAAAACCCUAAGAAAGUUGCUUGAUUACCUUGUGAGGUAUGAUGCUGUGACGUACUUAAAGUAUUUAGAUACACUUAGAGUGUCUGAAGGAGUUCGGUCUGUUUGGAUCUUUGCUGAUUCGAGCCAUAAGAUAUUCGAGCUUGCAAAGAAACGGGUUUAUCAGGUGGUGAGAGCAGAUGACAUGAAAAUCAGUACGGAUAAUAAGACCACCCCGGGGAAGAAGAGGAGGAUGAUUAACGAUGAGAAGGAGAAAGAAAUUGAAAAGGAAGCUUCUUCUAGUAAGGCAGGUGAUAGGAAGAUAGAUGCCAGUGGUGGUAUUGUGUUGGAGGAAGUUCUGGAAGAAGCACCUAAAUGGAAAGUGUUGCGUGAGUUGCUAGAAGAGAUAGAAGAAGAACGGAGGAAGGAAAAGCAAUCAACAGGACAGCCUAUGCCUGAAGCCGCAAGUGAUAGUAGUGACAUUGUUUUGGUGGCUUGUAAAGAUGAACGAUCAUGCUUGCAGUUGGAAGAGUGCAUCUCAAAAGGGCAACAUCAGGUUAUGCGCGAAGAGUGGGGGAAAUAUUUGCUUGGCAAAGCUGAAUUGCAUGGAUUGCGAAAACGUAACAGGAAAAAAUCUCAGGAACCUAAAGGAUUUGGUGUACUUGAUGGAAUGAUUGCCAGUGGAUCUAGUGAGAAUGCUCAACCUAGCAGCAUCAGCAAGCUGGAGAACGAUGCCCUACUAGCUGCAGCUUCAGAGAUAAGCAAUUUAGCCAAAGAAGAAAUUGAGGUUGGAGAUAAUCCUAAAAUCAACUCUAGAAGAAAGGUUGGAAAAGGAAGAGGAACAGGGAGAGGAAAAGGGAAGUCAAGAAAAGCCAUUACCAAUGUACAAGCUCCUGGAAAUAAAAGAAAAAAGAGUGCGGAAAAUGAUAAAAUCCAACCAAUUAGUGCAGAAACUGAAGGUCCUCCCAGCAAUAGUGACAGACCACUUGAAGGGACUUCUCAUGAGUCUGGUUUGGAGGAUCUCAUGGAUCUUAAGCCGCUGCCCCCAGUGCAAUUUUAUGCUUUGGACAGUGAUCAACAUAUAUUUAAUGUAUUGAAGCCAUCUGUAAUUAUCGCCUAUCAUCCAGAUAUGACCUUCGUUAGAGAAAUUGAAAUAUACAAGGCUGAGAAUCCAACAAAGAAGCUGAAAGUUUAUUUUCUAUUUUAUGAAGAUUCCACUGAGGUGCAAAAGUUUGAGGCUAGCAUACGUAGGGAAAAUGGCGCAUUUGAAUCUUUAAUUAGACAGAAGUCCCUAAUGAUGAUACCUGUGGAUCAGAAUGGUCGAUGCAUCGGACCAAGUGCUAGCAAUGAGGUACAGUCAAUUAACUUACCAAACUCGGCAACAAGAAAGGCUGGUGGAAGGAAGCCAUUAGAAAAAGAAAUGCAGGUUAUAGUGGAUAUGAGGGAGUUCAUGAGCAGUCUCCCUAAUGUUCUCCACCAGAAAGGCAUGCGAAUAAUACCCGUAACUCUGGAAGUUGGGGAUUAUGUUCUUUCACCUUUGAUUUGUGUUGAACGCAAAAGUAUUGGCGACUUGUUCCAAAGCUUUGCCUCAGGCCGUCUCUAUAAUCAGGUUGAAACAAUGAUUCGGUAUUAUAGGAUACCAGUGCUUCUCAUAGAAUUCUCUCAGGAUAAGAGCUUCUCCUUUCAGUCUGCCAAUGAGAUUGGCGAUGAUGUUUCACCAACAAACAUAAUUUCAAAGCUCUCAUUGCUUGUUCUUCAUUUUCCUCGAUUGCGCCUUGUCUGGUCUCGUAGCGUGCAUGCGACGGCAGAGAUAUUCGCAUCCCUCAAGGCGAACCAGGACGAGCCUGACGAGACCAAGGCCAUGAGAGUAGGUGUGCCAUCCGAAGAUGGCAUUGUCGAAAAUGACGUAAGAGCUGAGAACUACAACACGUCGGCGAUCGAGUUCCUGAGGCGUCUACCAGGGGUGACAGAUUCAAAUUAUAGGGCGUUGAUGGACAAUUGCAAGAACUUGGCUGAGCUGGCGCUCCUUCCUGUUGAGAGACUAGCGGAAUUAAUGGGGGGUCAAAAAGCGGCUCGGACGCUGAAAGAGUUUCUCGACGCCAAGUGCCCAACCAUGCUAUAGUUUCACCUGCGAAAUUUCAUCUUUCAAACCUUUCAAUGACUUGGGUGCUGAUAAAUUUCCCGAGGUGGAGGGCUUUCCUCCAAAGCCAAAGGUAAGAUAUCGAAAUUGCUCAUAUUAUUUUCUGAUAGAUAGAAAUACUUAUAUGCGAAGCAGUAACUAAUUGCCUGUAAACGGGAAAAUCAUCAACUCUCUGUGUUUUUCCCCUUAGCUGAUUACGAUUGGUGUAAAAUAUUCGUCCAGUAGUUCGUCGAGCACUCUGAUUUUAUUGUUGAGGUAAUACUUUUCAUUGUCAUUCAACUUUUUAUGUUCGCAAUAUUUGAAAUUCUUUUUUAGCUCAAGAUGAUUUUGCCCCUGUA